AUGUCCUCUGGUUUGCAUUCACCCGACUUGAUCCGUGAUAUAAUGAGUUCGCAUAGCAGAUCGGUGUUUGACCUUUUCCUCCUGAGAGGACGGGGGGCUGGCGGCGACGGUGAUCGCUUCAUCUUGGAGAUUAUUUUGGCGAGUCUGGCGAGUUCCUUUGAGUUGUCUGCAAUGUCCUUUCUGUAUGCGGCGUUUCUUGCAGCUCUGUCGGCCUUGGCGGCUUCCAACGCUGAUUGCUCUGCUUGCUCUGGCUUUGAUGACUGGGACGUAUUUGCUGAUCCUGAUGGUUGUGAUGAUCCUGAUGCAUACGAUGAUCCUGAUGCAUAUGAUGAACCUGAUGCAUACGAUGAACCCGAUGCCUUGAAAGUCAUUGCUGAUCUUGAUCCUGAUGCAUACGAUGAACCCGAUACCUUCGAUGCCAUUGCUGAUCCUGACUCAGAUGGCUGUGACGACCCUGAUGCCUCUGAUGCCAUUGCUGAUCCCGAUCCCGAUGCCUCUGGUUCCUCUGCCAGCUCUUUUCCCUUCGGCCGCAACUCCAAGUCUUUUUCAACUGAGCUAUCCAUCAUCAACGUGAUAUCAAGGCGGUACUAUAAGAGGUAA